UCCUGGAACCUUUAGAGAGACUAAUCAUCAUGGUCAUAGAUUCUUGGAUGCAUCCCGGCAAACAUAGUGACUAGGGAGUCCUUGAUCUCAGCUAUUUCCUUUUUCCAACUUAAAGUGGGAACAUCUAUCCUUUUGUCUUCACCAGUUGGGGUUGCCUUGGUCUUUGAAAUGGACUUUUUAGACCACUUACCAAAAUUCUUAAAUGGAGAAGUAGAUGUACCUCUUGCUAAAUCCUUCGAAGAGACGCAUAAGAAGAAAAAACCUGACUGUACAAGAGAAGAUUGGGUCGAACCGCGUGCUAAGGCUGCAUAUGAAGGAUUUCAAAAAAGUAUUGAAGAUUGGCGUCAAACCCAACCUACUUCAGAGGAUGGUACCAUGGUCCAACCAUCGCCUGCUGAUAUGACUAGAAUAUGAACAACUGUGGUAGGUGGUCCAAAGAAGGGUAAAACCUACGGGUUCGGAGUUAACCAAUCCUCAAGUAGUUCUUCCCCAAUGUUGCCCAACUCCGCUUUUAUUUUGCAAAAUGCGGAAGAAAAGGAAGCGAUAAAAAAUAAAAUUGAAGAGUUGAAGCAAUAGUGUGCAGUUAGUGAUGCCAAAUUUGCCAAGUUUGAGACGUUAAUCAAGAAACAUAUGCCUCUGAGGAUGAGGAAGAUAGUGAAUCAAAUGAUUAGAUUGUAGUUUUUGGUUCUUGUUUAUGAUUGUGACAUGUAGACUUAAACUAUUAGAAUUAGUAUUUGUUUUGGAUUGUGACGUUUAGACUUAAACAUGUCUUGAAAUGUUUAAACUAUUUAACUCGUUUGUUUUGGAUGUUUCAAAGUGGUUGAAUUCUUAAGUUUUGAUUUUAUUUGUAA